CCCUCCUCCUUUGGGUAUGACUUGUUAGCACUCACACGCAGUCAUUUGCAUCCAAAAAUGGAGGCAAAGGCGUUGCAGCUAACAUGCGCACCUCUUCCACCGCCCCCACCACCCGCCUUAACCCUUCCAGCAGCUCUAAGCCCUACUCAUUUCAAGGCCAGAUUUCCACCCAUCGCAGUACUUUGUCGGAGCAAGAAGAUAGAAGAGCAAGACCUGGAUGGGCUUCCAAAAGAGUAUUACGAUGACGAAUGGCAAGCCCAACAGCGGGAAAAAACCAAGGAAUUGCAUCAAAAACGUCAAGAGGAAGACGAGGAAGAGGAAAGAAAGGUUGAUGAAUAUCGUGAAAUAGGCAUGCGGUUGAAGGAUUAUCCUGAAGAAGAACGUCAAAAGGCAAAGAAAUUGGUUUCAAGCUUUAUCAGAUCUGCUGAAGAAGUGGAAGAGAAAAUUGAGGAAGCUGCUGAGAAAGGCGAACUCACCGAGCUUGUUCUUAUGGUCAUAUGGAAUCGCCUCGACCUCGCUCGGCGUGAUGAUGAAAAGGAUGCCGUACGAAGUCUCAAUCUCUUGUACAGGCGGGUUGAGACAGAGAUCUUGAAAAGGGAGGCCACUCCUGCAAUGAGACUGCUCAAUGAUCUGUUGAAUAUGCAUGAUGGAUUUGAUAAUGAAGGAUGGGCGAAGGCAUGUAAAAAGCGUAUGGUUGAUACUUUUCCACGAGAGGAUCCAUUCAGUAUUCUUGUUCCAGCUGGAUUUGACAUUGAUAAGCAUCAAGGCCCAAUAAGACCACCAAUGGAAGUUGAUGACGUCCUGUUGAGGGUAGAUUUUGUGAGAGAGCUUGAUGCUUUGCUACAGGAGGUUCGGUCUGAACAAAGUGAAGCACAAGAUGCACAAGGGUUUGAUCCUGAAUCUGUUGCAAGUAGGUUGAAGCAACAGGAGCAACGGCAGGCUAUUCACCUAGUGGAAGCUGUACUGGAUAUAGCUAUUAAUUUGAAAUGGUAGUCAAUAUACUCCCUGUUUCUUUAUUUUCCUCAACUAUACAAAUCCUUCUAAUGACUUGGUUGGCAACUCCUUCUUCUUCUCCGUCUCUGUUGUACUGCAGAAUGAUAUAUUCCCAUUGUGUUUGGGUUUUUGUAUUUUCAGGUUGCAAUGAACUGUGACCUAAAUUAUAUGUGGGAGUGUUAUUCUGUGUUUCCAUUCUUUUUUGUCCUUUAACAAGGAAAUAUGUUGAAAAUCAGAACUGUGCUGAUGCCAAGGAAUUCAAUAUUAAUAAGAGAAUCCCUGCAUGAAUGAGAUCUUG